CUGACCCCCUACUUUUAUGUUUUCUUCUUUGUUAUUUGUGGAAUGCAGCAAACGUUCCGUCAACUUCAACUCAGCAGUAAAUCAAGCCAGUCUUCGACACACCGGAUCUUCAGGAUGGUUAGGACUAGAGCAACGACCGCACCAGCAGCAACAACGGAAAGACAAGAAACGACUGAGCCAGCCACUGGGGCUGUGGCUCGAGGAAGAACAGCGGCAAGAGGCCGUGGAAGAGGUCGUGGGAGGACGUCCUCUAGAGGAAGAGGACGAGCCCCUAGCCCAUCUGAUACUAGGGCGGUGACUCCUCCACCGACCGAGGAGGUGAUAAGAGAGGGUGAGGAAGGGGAGAAUGAACGAGUGCAAAAUGAGGAAAUGCCACCCCAACCUACCCCAGAGAUGAUCAACCAGGUACUUGCUUAUCUUAGCGGGUUAUCCGAUCAGGGUCAGGCCCCUCCAGUGGUUUCUGCACCAACACCUCCGGUUCCAGAGAUACGACAUGCGGCUACUAUGGCUCCCCGCAUGGAGGCAUCAUUGGGAAUAGGCACAUUUCCACGUCUGACUACUGGGCCUAUUAUGACAAAUGAUCAGCAUGAACUUUUCAGUAAGUUCUUGAAAUUGAAACCUCCAGUCUUUAAGGGCGCAGAAUCAGAGGAUGCCUACGAUUUUCUGGUUGAUUGUCAUGAGCUACUACACAAGAUGGGUAUAGUAGAACGGUUUGGCGUUGAGUUCUAUAUCCCAAGGACUUUGAGAGAUAGAAAAAGGGAUGAGUUCUUGAGUCUAGAGCAAGGUAGGAUGACGGUUAACGCAUAUGAGGCCAAAUUCCGUGCAUUAUCCAGCCUUACAGAUAGCGGCAACGGCAACAUCCUUCCAAGAGGUGGUAGACUUUGUGAUAGAGGUGGAAGGAGUGAAACCAGAUGA